AUGAUUUUUAUAUUAAAUUUACUAUCUACAUUAGCUUCAGCAUAACGUGUUGCUAUAGUUGGAUGUGGAAUUGGUGGAGCAACAUUGGCUCAAUUAAUACCAAGUGCUAUUGUAUAUGAAUCAUAUUAUCAAUGUGGAGGAAGAAUUAAUCAUGUUUUAAUACCUGGGUUGAAUGCUCUAGAAUUUGGGGCUACAUUUUUUAUUAAAGAAAAUGAAUAUGUUCAAAAAUAAAUUGAAUAAAGAAAUUUAGAAUAUUACAAAAGAGACUUAGGUAAAUUAGCUAUCUUAAAAAACAAAUAAUUAGUCUUGUAAAAGGCUGAUUCUGAUGUAAUUAAUAUUGUAAAAAUGGUUUAUAAUUAUGGGCUCUCCCCUAAAAAAAUGAAAGAUAUUACAGAUGAAGUCUUAAUAAAUUUUAAGUCAAUAUACUCGUUUUUAGAAAGUGGUAAAUAUUAUAAAAAUUUUGAUGAAUUUUUAUAAAUCAUUAAAUUGAAUGAUAUUAAAAUGAAUUUUACAGAAUAUUUAAAUGAUAAUGGAAUUGAUUAAAAAUUUUAAGAAGAAUUUGUAGAUGCAAUUUUAUUAGCAAUUUAUAACUAAAAAGGUGUCAAUACAAUUGCUGGAUUAAUCUCUAUGAUUGCUGCUUUUAAUGAUGCAUAUUCAAUAAAAGGAGGAAAUAGAUAAUUAAUAGAUGAAGAAAAAAUUAAUGUAAUACAUUCUAAAGUUGACAUAAUACAUCGUUUAUAGAAUGGAAAAUAUCAAAUUUUUAAUGAUGAGUAUGAUUAUGUAGUUAUGGCUUCUUUAGUUAAUUUAGACAUAUCUUUUGAUAACAUUAGAGAAAUGAAUAGUUUUUAAUAUGUAAAAUAUUAAAGCACAUAUGUAUAUGUAGUUGCAGGUAAGAUUUCUCAAAAAUAUCUUGGUGUUAAUCCUGAAGAUUUAAAUACAAUCAUUAUUCUUGAUGAUACUAAUGUAACUGAACUUAAAUAAGAAUGUGUAAAAUGUUUUUAAGGAUGGAAUGUUUAUAAAGUUCAAGGAAGAUCAGAAUUAUAGUUAGACUAAAUAUUUGAAACACAUUAAAUAGUUCAUAAAAAAGUAUGGGAUGCAGCAUAUCCAUAAUUAAAUUAAAAUUUAUUGAAUACAGAUUUUGAAUAUGAAAAGGUAUUUAUUGUUAUUUAAAAUAAGAAUUUCUUUUAUUUAAAUUCAAUAGAAAGUUUAGCUUCAUGUAUGGAACUUAUGAUGAUCUAAGCAAAAAAUAUAGCCAAUAUUAUAAAAGAGAGACACAGUCAAUUAAUUCAUGAAGAUUUGUGA